CUAGGACUUGGGGAGAGGACGAGAUGGAGGACAUACUGAAAUAUAAUCUAAACACUCUGCUUGAUUACAUCAGAUAAUGAGUCUGGUUGACAUUUACCAUAGAAAACGUAGAUAUUCGAAUCUUAAUAAUACGACGAAUGCAUGCCGUCCCAUAGCAGUUUUUCGUAGCAUAUUUAAACUAAUUUCUUGGAGGAUUUUCACCAUAGUCGUUAACUCCAUUACAUAGUCAUUAGUCAGUUAAAUGACGACGGAGAUAUCAAUGAGCAGACUACAACUACACCAAGGCUCAAGAAAUCAGGCUGUGUGGACCACCUGAACGACGCAGAUGACGAAGAUGGCAUAUCAAACGUAUACUACUGCUUUAUUAUGCGUAUAUCUUGUAUCUGUUCCAAUAAGGACCUGUCAGGCCAAAGUGGUUGUGAACAACCAGACAUUCCUGUCCCACGAGCAGCGACUAUUGCAUGAUUUGUUCAAUGUAUCCAUGUACGACACCAACGCGAUUCCCAGAAUCAACCCCAGUGAUACGGUCGAUGUGACCUUGAGGUUUUCAGUCAAGCAGAUUGAUGCUCUGAGGGAGAAGGACCAACUAUUGACAAUAACCGGAUGGGUGGAAACGUACUGGUGGGACGAGUUUUUACAAUGGGACCCAUCCGAGUAUGGAGGCGUUGAAGAAAUAUACUUAUUGCCCCAAACGAUAUGGUUGCCUAGAUGGGCUCUCUUUAGUAGUCCAGGGGAGGUUUUCCAGACAGAUCACUAUAGAAAUUUUCAAGUGAGUGUUUACUAUGAUGGCUGGGCAUAUUGGGACCCAGGUGGUGAUUUCUCGACCAUUUGUCCGGUUAAUAUUAAGUACUACCCUUUUGACGAACAAGUUUGUACGUUUGUGUUCAGCAACUGGGCAUACACGGGAUUGAAGGUGAACUUGACCUAUUCAACACCUAACAUAGAUUUAGAGGUCUUCUCCAAAAGCGGCGAGUGGGACGUCACGGAGACAACUGGUUCACGCCUGGAUCGCUAUUACAGUGACUAUCCGGACCUACCCUACCCCGAGGUCCAUUACUCCAUGAUGCUCAAACGCAAACCUCUGUUCUAUGCCAUUAAUGUCGUUCUCCCAGUCAUGCUUAUUGCGAGUCUGACACUUUUGGUAUUUUGGCUGCCAUCGGACUCUGGUGAGAAGAUGUCUAUGGGUCUGACAAUAUUACUGUCUUUCUCUGUAUUCUUGCUUCUCAUUGUCGAGAACAUUCCUAAGACAUCGGAGUCCACGCCCCUUAUAGUUGUGUUUCUCACCAGCCUCAUGAGUAUCACGACAGCCUCAGUUGGAAUCUGCGUCAUCGUGCUUCAUUUCCAUCACUACGGCACCCCAAACCACAGACCACCGCUUCUACUGGUGAAGUUAAUCUCUAUCGUGUACAAAGACCCGACACUAGCGAAACUUUGUCGAACCUCUAGUGUGGAUGCAAUGACGAACGCGUCUUCAAAGGCCGCGACUUUGAAGGUUUCGACUGUUUCUAUGGCUGACAAACUUGGCAAGUUGAAUGAAGAUACAGCAAUUGGUUCAAUACGAGAACUAUUGGAAGAAAUUGUUGAAUCCAACCGCAGUAAAGCGAAUGCUAACGAGCGUUUAGAGGAAUGGAGGGCAAUUGCAAGGGGCAUCGAUAGGUGGCUCUUUUGGUUUAGUCUCGUUUUGAUGAUCGUAUUUGCCAUUAUACUACUGGGAAUAUAUCCCAACACUAAACCAGUAUUGGCAAGGGACAAUCUCACAUAAGAAACAUGUCCAUUGACCAAUAUUUCUGAAAAGGGGCAGGAAUCAUUUAUUGGUUUUACCAUUCAAAAGCUUUUGAUGUGGGCUUUCAGUUUUUAGUAAGAUUUAUAUUUGUAACUUGUAAGAAAGCUGUUAGUCCCGUAUUUCCGUUAGUAAGCUGUUAGUCCUGUAUUCAUAACAAAGAUGACUGUAGGCCAUUAAAGCACUCAUCUAAGGACGUUUUAACAGAAAGGGAUCUUUGUUGCUAAGUUUAUAUAUGUGACACUUUUCAUCCCGACUGGCUUCAUCUUUUACACGUUGUUAGAUUAACAAAUAAAGGGAAUGUGGCCGGCUGGGGUAUGGAAAUUGCUCUG